UUGUAAGUUUGAUGGCACGUGCAAGUGGAAAAUGUUUGCAAGGAAAGAUCGCGGUGUCGCUGGUGAGAAUCCGACUUGGGUAUUGGACACACGUACGGACAAAGUUCAGUGGACAUAUGCAGCCUCUGCGCACGGGCGUUUUGGUCCUUCGGCUCUUUUCCAUGCUCGCCAUCUUCGCUUCCAGGUCUUUGCGUUGGAGACGGCUGACGGCAAAUUUUUAGGAUACGACGACAACACGGGCAGAAUCACUGUUGAUCAAGAGGUUUCGUCAGUUAAUGAUGCCUCUCGCUUUCUCAUACUCACAGUAAACUCCACUCGCUACGCUCGUUUUCCCAACCAACUAACUAUUCCUCUCGUCAAGACAAGUAUCAUUUGUGCCAUCACGAACAACGCCAGUUUUCUUAUAGCAUCACGCUACGAAGCCUGGUCUAGACGCCUGGGAGAUGCCAGAAUCUGCAGCAGCAGUAAGGAGUCCAAGAAACUUCGAAAAAUAAUUUCCGAACUCAACACAGCUGACUAUCACUUUGAGCUGUUAGAAGCACAGCUCUACGUCCGCUGGUUGAGCAGUGACGCUGCAAGAAUGUGUUCCAGGCAACUUGAUUGCAACAGUAGGAACAAACGACAUCUACGGCACGUAAGGGGUCAGUCAUAUGCUUGCUGUCCGUCUGCAACUACUCCAACUGCAUCUGAAAUAUCUUGCAAUGGCAGAAAAACGUAAACGAAAACGAAAAAGACUGUUUGACUGGUAGAGGAAAAUUAGAUGCAAGUUGUAGACAAAUUAGAUGAUGAUGUCUUCUGAUCAACUUAGGGUGUAGAGUAUAUCAAAUUCUGAGUGUAUAGUGUUAUUACACAGACAUGUAAGUGAAAUAAAUGUGCAACAACAAAUAUUUAGCUCUAGCUUCCAGGAAUAACAUCUUAGACAGAUACCAUCUACAAACUUUCCUGCAAUAAUUCAACACGUCAGCCGCAU